AUGUUGUUCUCUAAUUCUUUUAAUUUCUUUCUAUCUCACAACAAAAUGGUCAGUCUCUCUCUCUCUUUCCAAUUCUCUCACUCUCUCCUUCCCACCUCCUCUCUCACUCUCUCCUUCCCACCUCCUCUCUCACUCUCUCCUUCCCACCUCCUCUCUCACUCUCUCCUUCCUCACUCUCUGCCCAAGUUGUCCAUUCUGAUUGCAUUCGAUUUCUCUGUUUGCAGUAAAUCUUAUGCAUUUACUCUCUCUCUCUCUGCUGUAACUCUUGCAUAUUUACUCUCUAUCUCACUCUUUCUGCAUAUUUUCUCUUUCUCUUUGCAAUACCUCUUGCAUAUUCUCUCUCUCCUCGUACGUAUUUACUCCUCUUUCUCUCUUUGCAAUACCUCGUACGUAUUUACUCUCUCUCUCUCUCUCUCUGCAAUACCUCGUACGUAUUUACUCUCUCUCUCUCUCUCUCUGCAAUACCUCGUACGUAUUUACUCUCUCUCUUUGCAAUACCUCGUACGUAUUUACUCUCUCUCUCUCUUUGCAAUACCUCGUACGUAUUUACUCUCUCUCUCUCUCUCUUUGCAAUACCUCGUACGUAUUUACUCUCUCUCUCUCUCUUUGCAAUACCUCGUUACUCUUUCUCUCUGCAAUACCUCAUACGUAAUUACUCUAUCUCUAUUUAUAACAGCAGUUAUUUCUGACUUUUUCUUACAAAUUUCUCACCUCAUCUUUACAACAAUCAUACACGUUCUCUUUUCCCAGAUAUAUUUUCAUCCAUGUUCUAUAUUCCCCCUAAAUACACACAAAAUCUCUCUCUCUCUCACACACACACAAUCCUGUUUUUCUACCCUCCUAACUCCACAAAAUACGCUUACUCACUAUUUCUCCUUUACAUACUCUCUCACCCACACAAUACUUCCCACCAACAAAGUUUCUCUUACCGUAACAUCAGUUUUCUUUCACACAGUCCCACUUGCCUUCUUUUUCUACCACAACUUGUCUAACCUUAUUCUCUCUCUCUCUCCACAAAAUCCCUUUCUCAACCUCUCUCUCUCUCUUCUAAACAAACUUAUAAAAUGA